UGGAAUGAUUUGACCUUGAGUAGGCAGGCUGAUGGUUCAUUGAAGGGUCCCAAUUUCUAUCCAGAUAUGCCAGACAAUACAUGCUGCUGUGGAUCUGGAUGGUUGAAGCGAGAUGAUGAUCCAGAUUACUCUGAAAACGGGAAAUUGAUUCCUUUAGGUCGAGUUCUUACAGUUUACACACAGUUUGCGCCUGUGCAGUGUGAUGUUUACAAAAGAGUCUGUUACAACCCGAUAGACGACAGUCGCUGUGAACUUGCAUGGAAUGAAGGCCAGAGUGAAUCAAUUCAUGUUUUUAGUAGUAAAACAGCUGCAGGUGACGAAAUAGGAUGGGAGUUUACAUCAUCAGUAAUGAAAACUGGUUGCACUUUUUCAGCAUACUGUCAGAUGAAGGAUGAACUUUACAGAACUCGUGACCCAAAGGCCAAGUUUAUGGAUGCAACAGUUUUUUUAAAAUGGUGGUUUAGUUGGGCAGCUAAUAUGAACAUUGAUUUCAGACAACCAUGUGACAUUUGUAGGUAUGAGCCUAAUAGACUGUGCUGUGAUGGAACCAGAGUAGGCGUAGGUUUCCGUCAUUCAAAUUUCACAGAAAUAAGUAAACCUGAUAGUUCUUUACAGACACAGCAAACAUUGCAUCGACGGAUGGACAGAUGUUACCUGAAGAAUAAGCCUGGAGUUGAAAAGAGACAGAUGAUCGCUUAUCGUGAAGCAUUGGAUAAUAUAGCCCGAACUACAGUUGCAGAAUUUGAACCGUUAGAUAUUCCAGAAAAUAAUGAUAGAAUUAAUUUACUUAUGCAGGCUCUACCUGAGGAGGCUCAUCAAUCAUUCCAGCGAUUUACUCGAGGGAUGUCAGAAUUUGAAAGAGUAGCUUAUGCAUCUGUCCUUAAGAUGUUGGCUACAACAGCAUCUGUGACAAGCAUUUUGUCACCAGAAUAUGCACUUUUCUUGCAGGAAUUUCUAACUAAUGAAAAUCUUUCAGAUUUUGAGUUUAACAGACAGAUGUAUGAGAUGAGAUCAUUUGCUCCAGAAAUACGGGACUUGAUCGCAGAAUCGAUGUUGAACAAUAACAACAUUCUACCUGAUGACAUUAAACUUUUUCUAGUUCAUCUUACUAAUGAGUCUCUAAACUUACCAGUUUAUGCCCCAGAGGAUGCUACUUUUCAAUUCGGAACAUACAACCCUGAGAAGCUGGGCCGGGCUUAUUACUUCAAUGAACAUGGUGUUAAACUGAGGAAUGUACGCAAAUUUCAGAUAGAUGAGGACCGAGCAGGCAGAAACAAUGACCAUGAUGAUGAAGCUAUGGACUUUGAGCGAUGCAGAAAGAUUUACUCAAAAAUACAACAAUCAGCACCCGGCACAUCUAACUUGUUUCUUUGGUUUUGUCCAGAUCACGGUCAUUGCUAUGGAUUCCACAUGACAGUGGCUGAAGGCAGAAAAGAUCCAUCAGCUUCAUUAUACUCUCAUCUAGCCAAACCUCCACAAGCAGUGUUUUAUGACUUUGCCUGUAACUUACAGGAAUAUUGCCUCAACAGAGAGAGUGGGUACUACAAGAAUGUUAGAUUUUUUCACGAUAUUUUUCAUGGUUAUUCACACAAAUGCUCUACUUCUUUUAGAAGCUCUCGACUUCAAGGAUUUGAAAGUGUGAACUCAGAAAUCUGCGAACAGUUCAACAGCUUCAUCCAGAUUCUGAAGAAAUCAGCAAGACAAAUGACACAAUCUCAUUUCUGUUUCUAUCUUCAGUUCUUUAUUCAUGAGUGGAACAGGAGAAAAAGAGUUGCUUACAAGAGGAAAAUCAGCACUGCACUAGCUGGGCUUUUAUGAAAUGUAUAACAACUUUGAUUUUCAGAGAGCUGUGCAUCAUAAAAUGAUCAAAUGAACUAUGUUUAAUUUAUAUUUCAUUCACUUCUUAUAUAUAUUUGUUUGACUUUCUCAUUUGCGUAUACUUUUGACUAGUAAUUAUCACUGCAUCUGCAAUUGUUUUCGGUUUCUGCUGUGUUUGUUAGUAUGUUUCAGUUUGAGCGAACAGACUCCAACUUUGGCUUCCAGCUUUGCUGUUGAGAAAGGUCAACAAGUUCCACCAGAAGUUCCACCAGAAAUACAUCACGUCUUUAAUGUUUGAGGCAGAUUUUCCACAGCGUCUUCAUCCAAUCUACUUGUGUCGGCAUGUGCAACUACUUAAUCUGAAGGCUUGGAGGGAAUUGUAGCUCAGUGCUUCAUCCUUUAUGUGGAUAAACAAAAGGGAACCAGAAGGAUCGAUCUAAAGACAUUCUUUUCAUAAAUCUGUUGGUGUCAAACAAUAUAAUUUUGAUUGAUCAGUCUUCUUAGUGCCUGUAGUGAACAGUAUGUAUUGUAUUAUAUGUAGUAUAAUAAUCAAUUAAGUGUUGAUAAAUGUCUUACAAUUAUCGUAUAACCCUUUAUAUCAAGUUUUGUUAUUUAAUUGUAGAACAGCAAAAGAAACAUUUGUGGAUUUUAAAAGAUAAGGCAGAGGCUAUGUUUACACUGUAAAUGUUCAACUGGUGAAUUCCAUUAUUUGUUGCAAUAUCUAGAUUUUGAUAAUGUAAGGAAUGAUUUCUGAUUAAAGUAUUACAAUAGGAAUCCAAUCUCUGUUAUGCUUAAAGAUGCACUUUUACUCCCAAAUUAGAUAUUCCACAGUUUAUAUGAUUGUUUUUUAUAUAAAAAAAUAAGAUUCUUAUGAAGGAUACAGAGUUGAAUUUGAAAGAAGGUUGCAGGAAACAUAAAGAUCAUAAUCUUUUAGCACUCAUAAUCUUUUAGCACUCACCAAUCAUUUAAUAUUUUUAAUUUUAGGAAUUAAAUACACAGUUACAAUAUUGUUAUCAGGAAUCAAUAUUUUCCAUAAAUGCAUUAUUUAGUAAGUAGUUAAAGGUUUAUCAGUCGAAAUGUAUGUUUCAUACAUGUGUAUAUUUUGAUUUUGAAUAAGAGUCACUUGAAAGAUUUAGCUAAAAAUGUUAGAAGAAGAAACUGAAAUUGCCCAAUUCUGUACAAAUAAUUAAGGUCAUACAUUCGCUUAUACACAUUUUAUCAAUGUGGAAUGUUAACUUAAAUUGUUUCUUAAGUAUGAUAUAACAAUCUAUAUUGCAUAAGUAAUUGAAGAUAUUGUUAAAUACCACUUGUAUGUGUACAUGCUGGGUACCCCUUGCACAUAAUGAAAGCUAGGUAUGAAUAAUAUACGAUUUUAAAAUAAUUGCAGUAAAAGACGGCAGUAAACUGAAUGGAAGCUGUACACACACUUAUAAGUACACCUUCACGUGCUGUUACACAACAUCUCAUGUAACUACUGAGAACACAUGUUUACAGUACAUAUAUUACACUGCUUUAUUUGGACUCAUUUUAUAAAAAAAACCCAUUUAAUUCCUGUUUUGUUAUUAUUUGUUAUAAAUCAAAUGCUUGAAGUCAUGUUUUAUGAUCUUAUAAUAAAAUUUUAU